ACUCGUGCCCUCAUUCCCAUAGCUCUAGCAGAGCGUGUCACCAGCCUCAGAGCAGCAGGAGCAACUUAUCAUCACCACAGACACACACAAAUCUGCAGAUCUUUAGAGAGUGCAUCAUUGUCUAUCGUCAUCAUUACCCAGAAGGCACCAUCGGGCCAGAACCCCAAGUACCCCGGAGCAGCAGGAUAAGGACUUUCUCCCUCAUCCCCGGGAAACGAGAGCAAGAACUCUGCUCUCAUACACUCUCAUCUGUUAUAUAGAGACCGAAGUGGGACAGGCUGUCAGAGGGAGCAGAAGUGUAGACUGUGAGGAACCAUGGGGGACUGGAGUCUCCUUGGAAACUUCCUGGAAAAGGUGCAGGAGCACUCCACCUCAGUGGGGAAGGUGUGGCUCACCAUCCUUUUCAUUUUCCGCAUCCUGGUCCUGGGUACAGCAGCCGAGUCAUCUUGGGGUGAUGAGCAGUCUGACUUCAUGUGCGACACCCAGCAGCCCGGUUGCACCAACGUCUGUUAUGACCGUGCCUUCCCCAUUGCCCACAUCCGUUAUUGGGUGCUGCAGAUCAUCUUUGUCUCCACACCUUCACUUAUCUACAUGGGCCAUGCCAUGCAUACUGUGCGUGUGGAGGAGAAACGCCGGCGGAAAGAACAGGAAGAGCAUGAGGCAGAUGAUGGAGGAGCAGAAACAGGAAGGGGUGAGAAGGAAUACCUGGAGCAAGAAAAAGCUGAUGAAACACCAGCCAAGAUUCGUCUGAAAGGUGCUCUGCUGCACACUUAUGUAUUGAGCAUCCUGUUACGCUUGGUCAUGGAAGUGACCUUCAUUGUGAUCCAGUAUAUGAUGUAUGGUAUCUUUUUGGAGGCGUUGUACCACUGCAAUACUUUACCAUGUCCCAACCCGGUCAACUGCUACAUGUCACGUCCUACAGAGAAGAACGUCUUCAUUGUUUUCAUGCUGGUGGUGGCAGCCGUGUCCCUAUUCCUCAGUGUUUUGGAGCUUUAUCACCUCGGUUGGAAGCAGUGCAAGAGCUGCUUCCAUAAGCAUGUUGAGAAACAUGCCACUAACAGCAAGACCGAAACCAACAGCAAAAGCGGAAAAGCUGUUUCUGCAACCAUGCCGCCUAACUUUCCAAACAGCUCCCAGUUGCAUCCUGCCAACAACUGCACCCCACCUCCAGAUUUUAAUCAGUGCUUAGCAUCAGGAAGAGGAUCACCAUCACCUGGACAUGUUCAUCACCAUGUUCAUUCCAUCCACUCUGGCUACCAACCAUUCACUAACCACUUGGCCCACCAGCAGAACUCGGUCAACCUGGCCACUGAGCAGCACUGCCGGCACAACCAUGAUGACCUGGGAGGAGGGGAGGAUUUCUUGAGAAUGAGCUAUGAUCAUCGACCAGCCAUUGUAUCUUGUGGAAACAUCCCUGCUGAAGUGCUACCCAGUGCUCCUUCCACACCAAUGUCCAAUGGUAGCUUAUUCAGAGACAAACGUAGCUUCAGUAAGACAAGCGGGUCCAGUAGCAGCAAAACACGGCCUGACCUAGCAGUGUGAUUCAGGUGUAACCAGAUCCAGAUUCUGUGUAUAUGUACACUACAUGGACAAAAGUAUGUGGACACCUGAUGAUCACACCCAUAUGUGGACCUUUUCCACACUAUUGACAGUGUAACUGUCAGGUGUCCAUGUAGAACUUUUGCACCUAUGUUGUGUACGUGUGUACAUUCUAAAUAUUUCUGGGCUAAAAUAACCCAAUUUGGGACUGGAUGCAAUAUGGACUAACCAAACAAGGUGAUUUUAAUGCUACAGAAAAUAAGGUUUAAUUCAUCCUGCAAUGCUGAUCUAAAAUCACCUAAUUUUGCUUAAACAUUGAAACCAGAUUUCUGGGACAUUUUAUAACAGUUUUAGUUAAUAUUAUUUCAAUUAAAUAUGAUUUUCAGAUGAAAAAUAUUAUCCAUGGACAUUUAGAAAUCCUGAGCGAUGGACAUCAAAUCAUCUACAAAUGAAAAGGUCCAAGUAAAUUAGAAAUGAUGAUGUCUGUGAACAAAAGCUUACAUUUCUUACAGCUGCAAGCGGUUUGUUUUACUACAAAAUUCUUCUGGUUGCUGCUCUCAAUGAGUGCAAUUGAAAAUUCUAAUGAAUAUUCACACAUUGUGCUCCUCAUCCUCAAAAUACUAGAGCUAGAUUGCCCAUCAACCAAUUCUUAACCCAAAUGCAGAAAACCCAGCAUUUUAGAUGUUUUAUUCAAUAUGUGCUGAGAUUCUUUGUUAGUACUAGCAAUGAGUUAAGAUUUUUAGUUUAGUUAGGAGUUUUUUUUAUAUAGGGGUUCCUGAAAAAGACCAUUAGAUGUAGUCAGUAAUGAGAAAGAUAGAGAAAAGAGAGAGAAUCUGUAUCAGAGCACCUUAUUUGGUUUCACUGAAACUGCUGUAUAGUAUUAGAAGUGGGAAUAUGGGAGUAUGUCAAGUUCUGAAAGUGAACUAUAUAAGGGAAGGAUUUGUAAUUUGCACAUGGGUGAAAUACCACUCAGACUAUUCACAAAGCCAUUUUAAAAUACAAUAGAUACUUUUUUUUCCCCAGAAUACAUCACUGUCUCUGGAAAUGUUAACCAAGAGAAUAACUGCAUCAUCAUUCGAAGCAGAUUAAACCAAAAUCACUUUUACACUAAACAUAAGUUAAGCAAUGUGUGAACUUAACCAAAGAGCUCCAUCCAUAUACGCCAAAACCACACUUCAAUCAGGUCAAGACUGUGAAAAAGGACCUCAACCCCUUGUGUAUGGGUGUCAAAUAUGUACAUAGAGGAAUUGAGUGUUGUGUUACUGUGAAUCUCAAAGAGACACACCAUUAAAAACGCACUUUUCAAGGGGAUGACGUUUACCUAGUUCGGGUAAACAGUACGUUAGCGGUGGGAAUGUCAUGCAGACGGUGUGUGUAGCAUGAUAAACCUGGGCAAGCUGACAGGUGCAACAAGCAACUUAGACCAAAUCAAGGACACAUGCUUGGUCACAGGUUUUUGUUCCUUCAACUCCCAAAUCCAUUAGUUACCUAGAAUAUUUGUGCCUUAACUGAACAGAUCAUUUAACAUUUAAUCAUCUAGUGCACAUAUUAGAUAUUAGAUUAGAAGUUGCAGAAUUGAGCCUCAUGCAUGAAACGAGUUUUAUAGACGGAAAACUGUGUGACAGUUUCUUUGUGACAGUUAAAGAUAGAAAAUAAUUACAUGCUUGGCAGUCUGACAAAUAGUUAAUUUCAAUUCAUUUUAAUUAAAAAUUAAUCCUGGAAGCGUUAUAUCCAAGGGCCAAUUGAAAAAGGCUACAGUUUCUCUCUGCAUUUAGUUUAUUAGAAAGGAAUGCUAUCGGAAACCAGGGUUUAAGAUCAUUUUAAAGACAUUUAGUGCAUGUGUAGAAGGCUAAAUUUAUAUAUACACAAAUGCAAUUGUGUGUAGAAAAUGAGAGGAUUUCUACAGCCUUAUGUAAACCCAGAUUGGGAAUGACCAUGUACUAUGCCACAGUGAACACUUUUGCGGUGAAAUCCAGAAAAUAACAUGUUCUUGUUAUUUUUUUUAUGUUAAUUCAUCUGAAACAUGGUGUGAGUGGCUGUUUAUUGGUGUCUUAUUUACAGAAAUCCAUAUCUUUGUUACUUUGCUUUUCAGAUGACACAAUAUUUCAAAUUAUUUAGUCAUUCAUCACACAUCUACAUCUUACUGUGACCUUCUACUUUCUUUAAAUAAAAAGCCUAUUUAAAUAAAGGUUGUGUUUAGAUCUACAAUAACACAAAUCAUCUGGAUGUCAAGAUCAUCUUUGUCAUGUGGAUUUGUUUUUACAGAAAGGUGCCAAUUGACCUAAAUAAUAUUACAAAUAUCUAAAUUCCUUGUAAGCACAGCAGACCGAAAACACAGUAAAAUUAGGAGAUAUGAUUAAAGUACAAAUUUAUGAUGUAAUUUAACCACAAAUCCUAGCAACCUGAAUCCGCUUACAUUCUUCGUGCUUGUAUUUACAUAUUUUUCUUUAUACCACAAUGCUGUUGAAUUUAUUUCUGACUGAGACACUGUUGAUUAAAUUUAAUGCAAAUGCAACUGACAGGUUUACAUUAAUGCACUUGCUCUAGUACAUUACCAUUUUUAUAGUAACAGGAAACAAAGACUUGUAUUAUUUAAAUGAUUACAUUUUUUCCAACAUGAGAAAGUAUCAGGGGUUUUUUUUCUUAAUAACUUAGAUAUAGAAUAAAUAGAAAUAAAUAGAAAAUGAAAACAGAGAGUCUGGUGAAUAAAUGACCAUUCAUGGCUGUUAACUAACCUGUACUAACCUGUUUUUUUACAGUCACAGGAUUAGAUUAACUAUAAACGGCCAGCAAGUACGAUGUGUCGUUCUUAAAUAAAUAAAUUGUAAUCAAUAGCAUACACCUGUGAUAUAAGAGAAAGAAACCAUUCAAAGGGACUGUAGAAGAAUAUAAUUAACCCAUCACGCCAUCCCAUUUUAUUAUUAUUGCCACAUUCAUGUAGGACAUCCUUGUCUCAUUUUCAUAUAGCAAAGUUCAUCUUAAGAUAUUGUUCAAUUAUUCACAUGAUUCCCAUCAAAUGCACUUAGAGCAUUCGCCUCUAUUGCUUUUGAUCAUAAUAGACUUCAUUAUUAUUUUAAGUGGCCAAAUUAAAAAGCCGGUGAGGAGAUACAGAGUGCAAUUAUUUUUUUCAAGAGGAUUUCAAAAUCC